GUAGUCGUGGAACUCUUCGGAAUCUACAAUAUCCGAGUUUAUUAUUCUAUUUUAGUCUAAACUAGAUUACCCAUUACUCAAUAAUAUGACUGUAGCCAACGUAACAUAAGGUGAAUAGAUCUAGAUAAAAUUACAUAAUCUGGGUGAUGCCCAGGUCACGACCAGAUCAAUGCUAGCCCGCAGGAGAAGAACCAACUCGGGCUCUGAUAGUCAGCAGCAGCAACAAGCAGUAUCCUCAAGUUAUCCUUAUCAGCAAAGCCACAGUAGUCCAAGACAGCAGUCACCACCACCAUCACAGUCUCCUCCACAGCAACAUUUUAUAGACCCAGAAAUGACUUGUCGUGAUAGAUCUACUGAAUUCAUUUCUGUUGUAAAAUCUCUUCAGUCUCGACAGGGCAAUGGGGUGGUCCAAAAUCAUAGGAAUAAAGCCUUACAUGUACGGAGUGAAUUUACACAGAUAGCAAAGCGCAUAGGUAAAGACCUCGCUAAUACUUUUGCAAAGCUGGAGAAGCUCACAAUUUUGGCAAAAAGGAAAGCAAUCUUUGAUGAUAAACCGCUGGAGAUUCAAGAGUUGACUUACAUCAUUAAACAAGAUAUUAAUAGUCUCAAUGAUCAGAUAGCCCAACUCCAACAGCUGGCAAAAUCUCAGAAAUCACAGAAUGGAAAGCAUUUACAGACACAUUCCAACACAGUUGUUGUUGCUUUGCAGUCGAAACUGGCAUCAAUGUCAAAUGAUUUUAGGCAGGUUCUGGAAGUCAGGACAGAGAACUUGAAGCAUCAAAAAUCAAGACGAGAGCAAUUUUCCUCCAGUCCAGUCACCUCGUCAUUGCCACCUUCUGCUUUUCAGGGACAUAUUAAUGGAUCUGUUUUGCUUCAAGAUGAUGCUAGCCAUGCAGGUAGUGGUGAUGUCUCUAUAGAUAUGACUGGAGCUGGAUCAGGAAAACAACUCCAGAAUCAAAUGCAGAUCAUUGAUGAGCAGGAUGCAUACAUCCAGAGCAGAGCUGAGACCAUGCAGAACAUAGAAACUACAAUUGUUGAACUGGGGAGCAUUUUUCAGCAGCUUGCUCAUAUGGUAAAAGAACAGGAAGAGAUAGUUGGCAGGAUUGACCAGAAUAUUGAUGAAGCAAGUACAAAUAUUGAGGCUGCUCACUCAGAGAUCCUAAAAUAUUUUCAAUCUGUGACUUCUAACCGUUGGCUGAUGAUCAAGAUUUUUGGAGUUCUAAUGGUUUUCUUCAUUAUAUUUAUAGUUUUUAUGGCCUAGUAGUUUUACUGAAAAGGUCUUUGUGGCUAUACCUUUCCAAAGAGCUAUUAGUGUAAAAAAAAAUUUCUUUUUCUUCAUUUUAUUGGGAAACAAGCCUUAUUGCUGCCUGUGGAUUAUUCUGAUGUGCUAAGUUACACAAGAAAUAUUACCCAUGGUACAGCAAAAUGUCAUUUGAAUUCCACUCAGGUAGUGGCCAUUGAGAGGAAGAGUCAUUUAUUUCCCCCCACAAAAUUUUUAUUGGUUCGAUGCACUUAUGUUUGACAAUCUUUCUUUUUUUUUUCAUCUAGCUGCACAUGAUUUAAGUUUGGUCCACCUAAAAGUGAUGUAAAUAUUUUGUCAUUUGUGUCUGUAGACCUGUCUGUAUCCUAAUUAUUCUUUAGGUGAAUCUAGUUUUAUCAUUCUUUUAAAAACUGUUAUUGUGGGGUUUUGGGUUUAUAUGUUCCAUUGAAUUAUUUUUAGAUAGUCUUUUUCUGAUCAUCAGUUACCCUUUAUUUUGUGCUUUUUUUGUAGAGGGACCAACCAUCUAGGAAUCUUUUUUUUUGUGUAAUCCCAGAAAUCUAAAGAUACUUAUAUAAUUUUCCUACUACUAUGGUGAUAAAUGGCAAUUUUCAAAUAAAAUUCUGUUUAUUUAUGGAUAAUAAAAUCUGGGUGACGUUGGUUAUGAGCUAACUAGCACUUGCUGUUUUUCUUGGCUUUAGUUGUACAAAUGCUAAACCCUUUGAGUGACUGCUGCAUCAGGAGUCAUGUUAUAUUACAUCUUAAAUUACCUGUCCUGGAGUAUUAAAGAGUUGCAUUCAAAUUGUGCUGUAUUUGUUGCUGCUUCGUGUGCUAGAUGCAUACAUGACAUUAGGAGCUAGUGUAACUUGUCUGUUGGUCUUGUUUUCCCAUUUGCUGACCACGGCUAUCACACUACAUUUUAUUAUGAUUUAAAUGAUUUUUGUUUAAACACACAAAAUUAAUUAAAUUAACUUGGAUAUUAAUUCUUUUCAAUUGCCCUAUGAUGUAAAACAAAAAUCUUUUUCCCUGUGAAUAACAGAACAAUUGUAAAUUUUCAUUUGUACAUAGCCUGUAUAUGUUUGUAUUUAUUCUGGUUAUGAUGUACAUAAAUGUCUAUCAUGUCUAAAAAAAUAAAUUAUGAUGAUUGAAUUCAUU